CCGUCGAGUAUCGAGUAAGUUUCUUUUGGGGUGAUGGAGCUGUUGAAAAAGGAUUAAUCUUCCAGUUCCACGCCAUGAUUGCAGACUUUUUAGUACAAGUAGAGCAGAGGUAGCUCUGAUUCCCCUUGAAUUCACAGUGAGAGGGAAGGUCAGUUCUUUAACUUAUCUGGAUUCUUCAUUUCCCACUUCGUUGACUUUUAUUUUCAUUUGUUUCAUUUUAUUUUACUCUUUUAGCCUCUGAAUCUGUCCAUUGACGCAUAUAAACUGUAAACAAGGUUGAUAGCAGAAGUGUUGGUUUUUUUCUUAUUUUUGUUGAAAAGCUAGAUCAAACUCUUUAAAAGGAAGAACGGGUUUGUUCUUCCGUUUGGGCCGGUGAUGGGGAUAUCGUGUUUCUCUUUUUGGGAGCUCAGAUGAUUGUCGAGUUCUUAUGAACCCUAAGAAUUUAGUUUUCGGCUGAAAUCGAACGCUUUCUCCCGCUCUCUCGCCGCGCUUGUUUUCAUUUUCAUGAUGGGUAUUGGAGAACUUAAAUUGUUUAUCUGGAUUUCAUCCGCAUUGUCUUUGGCAUGUAUCUCCAUCGGAUUUACUCCCGUGGACAAUUACCUUAUAGACUGUGGUUCACCAACCGAUACGUCGAUAGGGAAUCGUGUCUUUGUUUCCGAUAGCUCGAAUUCCCAAUUCCUUAAGACCUCACAGAGCAUUUUAGCCAACGCCACUGUCUCCUCCUCCAUUGUUUCGCCUCUGUACCAGACGGCUCGAAUACUCAACGGAGUUUCCUAUUACAACUUUCCAAUCCAAAGACAUGGGAGGCAUUGGAUUCGGCUUUAUUUCUACCCGUUUGUCUAUAAAAGCUACGAUAUGCGCACGGCAAACUUCUCCGUCUCCACUCAAGAUUUCGUCCUCCUCAGCAAUUUCCAGAUAAAGAAUGACUCUCUAAUGAAGGAGUUCUCUGUGAAUAUUACUUCAGACAGCCUCGCCCUCGCUUUCACUCCUUCCGACCAUUCAUUCGCCUUCUUAAAUGCUUUAGAAGUUGUUUCAGUUCCUGACAAUCUCAUUGUAGAUGAUGCCAAUCAAAUUAAUCCUUUGAAAAGUUAUCAAGGUUUGCUAGUACAGGCUUUAGAGACUGUUUGGAGGAUCAAUAUGGGUACACUGGCCGUUUCCGCUCAGAACGAUACCCUUGGCCGAACAUGGAUAACGGAUGAAGCCUUUCUACGAAACAAGAAUCUGGCCAUACCGAUUACAAAAAUUGGGGCAGUCAAGUAUUCGAAUGACACAGUCACUCGGGAUAUUGCUCCUGAUACUGUCUAUGGCACUUGCAGACGGAUGAAUUCAUCAGGUGAUCCCAACAGCAAUUUCAAUGUAACAUGGGAAUUCAAUGUCGAUCCUGGUUUCGAAUACCUCAUUCGUCUUCACUUCUGCGAUAUAGUGAGUAAUGCUGCUAACCAGCUCAUCUUCAAUGUAUAUAUUAACUCACUGAUUGCAGUUCAGGGUCUCGAACUCUCUACUUUGACAUUUAAUAUCUUGGGUGUUCCAGUUUAUAGGGACUUUGUUACAGGGUUAAGUUCUAGUAGCAAGAUCGUUGUAAGUAUCGGUCCUGAUACCUCGACUGGUAGUUACCCAGAUGGUAUUUUAAAUGGAUUGGAGAUUAUGAAGAUGAACAAUUCUAAGGGUAGUCUUGAUGGGGAUGUCUCUGCAGCACUGUUUCCAUCAUCAGGUUCAAGUAAAAAAGUUGGUGUCUUAGUGGGAGCAAUCCUGGGGGUGGUUAUUGUACUGGCAGCUAUAGCUCUAUUCCUGAUGUCUAGGAGAAGACGAUUAGCACGAAAACAACAUUCAAAGACAUGGAUUCCGUUCUCCACGAGUGGAGGAGGGAACUCCCUCAGCAUGGGAAGUAAAUCCUCUAAUGGAACAGCCACCAGUGUUAUCUCAAACCUUGAGUACCGAUUUCCUUUCGUGGCAUUGCAGGAGGCCACAAAUAACUUCGAUGAGAGCUGGGUUAUUGGGGUUGGUGGCUUUGGCAAGGUGUACAGAGGAGUUCUUGGAGAUGGCACCAAAGUGGCAGUGAAAAGGGGUAAUCCCCUUUCCCAACAGGGUCUUGCAGAGUUUCAGACUGAAAUCCAGAUGUUAUCUCAGUUUCGGCACCGUCAUCUGGUCUCAUUGAUUGGUUAUUGUGAUGAGAGAAAAGAAAUGAUCCUAGUUUAUGAGUAUAUGGAGAAUGGAACACUUAAAGGCCAUCUAUAUGGUUCAGGAUUACCAAGCUUGAGCUGGAAACAGAGGCUUGAGAUAUGCAUUGGAGCUGCCAGAGGACUUCAUUACCUUCAUACGGGUUCUGUAAAGCCAAUCAUCCACCGUGAUGUGAAGUCUGCCAACAUAUUACUAGAUGAGAAUCUCAUGGCCAAAGUUGCGGAUUUUGGGCUAUCAAAGACGGGACCUGAGAUCGAUAAGACUCAUGUCAGCACAGCAGUGAAGGGAAGUUUUGGGUAUCUUGAUCCGGAAUAUUUCAGAAGACAACAGCUCACAGAGAAGUCGGAUGUUUACUCAUUUGGUGUGGUUUUGUUUGAAGUCCUCUGUGCAAGACCUGUUAUUGAUCCAUCACUUCCAAGGGAAAAGGUGAACUUGGCCGAGUGGGCACUGAAUCAUCAGAAAAGGGGGCUGUUGGAACAAAUCAUAGACCCUAAUCUUGUGGGUAAAAUAAGGCUUGCUUCUCUGAGGAAAUUUGGAGAGAUAGCUGAGAAAUGUUUGUCCGAGUAUGGCGUUGAUCGUCCCACAAUGGGGGAUGUGUUAUGGAACCUGGAGUAUGCACUUCAGCUUCAGGAGUCUGUGAUCCAAAAUGAACCUGAUGAAGACAGUAUUAAUCAGAUAGGGGAUGUGUCCCCACUAAUCAGCAAUGUCAAUCCCGUGGAUGAUACUGUCACAGCUGAGAAGGUGAGAGGGUCAUCCGUGGGUGAUCUCUCGGAUGUUUCUAUAAGUAAGGUAUUCUCCCAGCUGAUAAAAUCUGAAGGGAGGUAGGCUGAAGUGAAGAUACAAGAUUGUAGCCAUUUACACCAAGGCAUUAUCAAGUGGUAUUGCAUCUAUCAAGGAGUAAUUCUGUUUCUUUGUACAGGGAGAGGAUUCUAGUAACAUCUCUCAGUGUUUUGAUAGAGGAAAAAAAUAUCUUUAAUAGGUCACAAUGUCAAAGCGUUGGCUCACAUAUAAAUAGUUAUGAAUUACUUGUUUUGGGGAGACUUCUCGGGCAGUGGGCCUGUGGUGCAUCAUUCCAUUCCAUAUACUCAGGCUGUGGUUUUCUUGAUUGAUUAUGAAUUUUUUCUUGAAGGACAUGAUAUUUCUUGAUACUCAUGUAGUGUAAUUACCUCUCUUUUCUCUUGGUAUUGUAAUAGUUUUUAUUUUUUUUUCUGAAAUUUGAACUUUGGCUAAAGCAUAUAGCCACAUACAUCAGAGAUCAAGCAUGUCAUUCUUCUUCUACUA